AUGUCGAGCACAGCGACUCAAACACAGGAACCCAUUGAGCUCACGACUCUGGAAGGAUGUCACGUCCGCGGUAAAGAACUCGAGGACCAACCUUCCAUCCCACCGGAUGAUAUUCCCCCGCCGUAUGCGUCGGCGCAGGUUCAGAGAUGGAAUUAUCCUAGGGGAAAUAUAGCGAAGCUUGCUUUUGCGUUUUUGUCGUUUAUCAUUGCUGGUAUGAACGAUGCAGCCGUUGGAGCUUUGAUCCCAUAUCUCGAAACAUACUACGAUCUAAGCUACACCAUCAUCUCCCUCAUAUUCCUCACCCCCUUCGCAGGCUACUCCGUCGCCGCGUUCACCAACGCCCGCAUCCACAUGAAAUUCGGCCAGCGAGGCGUCGCCAUCAUGGCGCCGAUUUGCCACCUCAUAACCUUCAUCGCCCUCGCCCUGCACCCGCCCUACCCCGUCCUCGUAGUCUGCAACAUAAUGAGCGGUUUUGGAAACGGAUUAACAGACGCGUGCUUUUGCGCUUGGGUUGGGGCUAUGGAUAAGGCGAAUACAGUGCAGGGCUUCUUACACGCUUUUUAUUCGUUUGGGGCUUUAUUUUCGCCGCUUAUUGCCACGAGCAUGGUUGUUUCGGCGGGGUUGCCUUGGUAUACGUUUUAUUACGUUAUGAUUGGUAUUUCUGUGGUGGAGUGGAUUGGCUUGACGGUUUCGUUUUGGCAGCAGACUGGGGCUGUUUAUCAGGCUGAGCAUGCUGCAAACAACGCGGAGGGUAGCGGUGCUGGAACCAGAGAGGCUUUGAAGUCCAAGGUUACCUGGCUUUGUGCAUUGUUUUUCUUUGCAUACAUGGGUGUCGAAGUCGGUCUUGGUGGAUGGGUCGUCACGUUCAUGCUCCGCGUCCGAAAAGCUUCCGCAUAUGCUUCUGGUGCUUCAGGAACUGGCUUCUGGGCUGGCAUGGCUCUUGGGCGUGCGUGUCUUGGCUUCGUAACCGAGCGAUUCGGCGAGAGGCUCUGUCUAUCGAUUUAUCUCCUCAUUUGUAUCGGUCUCCAACUUCUCUUCUGGCUCGUUCCAAAAUUCAUCGUUUCAGCCGUUGCGGUCGCUUUUCUCGGCUUUUUCCUCGGUCCUCUGUUUCCUGGGGCAGUCAUGGUCACAGCCAAGCUUCUACCGGCCAAGAUCCACGUCUCAGCUAUCGGAUUUGCAAUGGCGAUUGGCGGUACCGGCGGAACGGUGUUUCCAUUCGCCAUCGGUGCUAUCGCUAAUCACAAGGGUGUUGGUGUUUUGCAGCCCAUCAUUCUUGCGCUGAUUACUGUGGUUGCUGGUGUUUGGUUGAGCUUCCCUAGGAUCAAGAAGAAGGAUUAA